AUGAAGGUCCCUGCAGCCUGCUUUGCUCUUCUCCUCAUUGCAGCCUCUUGCUCCCAGGCUUCCUCUGGCCCAGCUGGAUCUGAUCUCCCAAACUGCUGCCUCUCUUACACAAGCCACAGGCUCCCACAGAAGCUCAUCCAGCGCUUCUACAGCACCAGCACCAGCUGCAUCCUACCAGCCAUCGUGUUCAUCACCAAGAGAGGCCGUCAGGUCUGUGCCAACCCCAGUGACACCUGGGUUCAGAGUUACCUGCAGAACUUGAAGCAGAACUGAGCAAAGCAAAGAGCCAGCUGUAGCUGCUGUCACACAGGAGCCACGUUACACUGAGCUCCUGCCAUGGAGCUGGGCACUGGGGCCCUGGGAGCUGCAGCAGCCCACGAGGCUCCUCAGGUGGGGGUCCUGCCCCUCAGCUUGCACAGACCACCCUGCAGCCUCAUCCCUCUGCCCUGACCCUCCUGCAUGGGCCUGGGGGGACCCAUGGCACUGCACCACUGGUGUUAUAUUGUUCUAAGUUAUUUAAGGCAGUGUGUUCAGUUGUCAGAGGGGUGGGCACUAUGUUCUUCUGUGAAUGCUGAUGCUAUUUAUAGAGGGGGGCUCAGGGUCUCAGCAGUGUUUGCUGGCUGGGCUCAGGGUCUCAGCAGUGUUUGCUGGCUGGGCUCAGGGUCUCAGCAGUGUUUGCUGGCUGGCCCUGGCUUCCAUGUGUGAAAUCAUGGUU